AUGGAUCCCAUAGUACGGUACCUGGCUGGUGGAGAGCUCCCCCCAAGCCGAGUAGAGGCACGGAGGGUUCUCCUUAGGUCGCGGGGGUACGAGCUCUCGAAUGGGGUACUUUACAAGAAAUCUUACCUACGCCCGUGGCUGAGGUGCAUCACUCCGGAAGAGGGAGACUAUAUCCUGCGUGAGCUACACGAGGGCAUCUGUGGAAACCACGUCGGCCGAAGGGUUUUGGCCAAGAAGGGAAUGCUGUCCGGGUACUAUUGGCCGACCAUGUUCUUGGAUUCAGCCGAGCUGGUAGCUCGGUGUAAGUCCUGCCAGCUGCACGCGCCGAUCCAUCACGCCCCAACUCAGGAGAUGAUUCCUCUCCAGAGCCCUUGGCCUUUUUUCCAAUGGGGAAUCGACCUGUUAGGUCCUUUUCCCCGAGCUCCGGGGGGUUAUGAGCAUAUAGUGGUGGCUGUAGAUUAUUUCACCAAAUGGGUGGAGGCCGAGCCCCUUACCACCAUUAGCAGCAGGCUGGUGUUCGGAGCUCGGGAUCUGGCAGCACUUCACCUCGGUAGGCCACCCUCAAGCCAAUGGCCAGGUGGAGAACGUCAACAGGACCAUCCUGCACGGCUUGAAGACACGGAUGGAGUUCGCUCGAACUGGGUGGUUGGAAGAGCUGCCAGCCAUACUGUGGGCUUACGAACCACUCCCCGAACUGCUACCCAGGAGACUCCUUUUGUUCUGACCUACGGAGCAGAGGCGGUGAUCCCUGCGGAGAUAGGAGUUCCUUCGGGUAGGGUUCAGAAUUUCAUAGCUCGGGACAAUAAGGAAGAGUUACGUCUUAACUUGGACCUGCUGGAAGCAAGGAGAGAAGAGGCGGCUAUACGUAUGGCUAAGUAUAAAGGGCAGAUCGCGCGACACUACAAUGCUAGGGUAAGGCCUCUGUCCUUCAAGCCAGGAGACCUGGUAUUAAGAAAGAAUAGCGUGAGUCGGCUUCAGGGCACGGGCAAACUAGAUCCAAAUUGGGAAGGCCCCUAUGUGGUAAGAGAAGCGGAUCGGGCUGGAUACUGCAAGUUAACUCACCUCAGUGGGGAAGAAGUCCCGCGUACCUGGCACAAUUCCAAAUUGAGGAUCUUUCGUUAA